GACUUGUUUGUUUGGUUCGUUAGAUAAAUUUGAUCAGUUAGACUAGCCAAAGAACAGUGCUUGAGAGGAAAUCAUCGACUAGCACUCCCUCCUAGUAAUUUAUAAAACGCUCUUACAUUAGUUUACAGAGGGAGUGGAAUAAAUUCGACUUUCAUAUAAUAUCUUAAUAGAAUUCCAUGUAAUGAUCAAUGCAUUUUUUUGAUUCUAUGUUAUCCGCAUGUAAUAUGGCAACACCUUGUAUAGGAAUGAAACAUGCCCAGACAUCUUUCCCUUUUUUAGAUCCCACCAACACCAUUGAACACUACUAAUAUAGCGUUUCCAUGUCCUAAUCCCAUGUACCCAUCACUUAUCUUAUCUUCCUAAUAUAGUACGUAGAAAAUGAGAUCUCCCACACGAACGGCGAUCUUGGGCUGCGUCAGCCGACCAGUGUUUUCCGCCGGCUGGCCGGAAGCAAAGCACGUAAAGAAACCAGCGCCUGCAUGCAUGUCAACUUAAGUGACUUUUGUAAGAUGGCAUGUAGCAGCACGUCGCAAUCACCUGACAUGUACAGCCAUAUGCGCUCAUAUCAUACAAUUGCUUGAUCAAUUCCUACAAGAAUUUUUCACACGGCACGCAUAACACUUCCGUUCCUCAGUUGGUAUCUUGCUUGCUCAUGGGAGGGCUGGAGAAGGGGGGAGGAGAAGGUCCCCGGGCUGCAGGGCUCGUGAGCGACGGCGGCGGCGAUCGCCCACGUUUCUUCGUGGGCGGCGGCGGAGGGGAGGGGUCUCUCCGGCCGGUUGAGCUCGACCUCAUCGGCACGGUCGGUGCAGAGUCACCUUUGCUGGCCGCACCGGCGGCCGAGCAGGAGCCGCGGCAGCUGUUCCGGUGCCACUACUGCCGGCGGGAUUUCUACAGCUCGCAGGCGCUCGGUGGGCACCAGAACGCGCACAAACGUGAGCGCACGAUCGCUAGGCGGCACGCCGGCGUGCCAGCGCCGCUCGGACAGCACGGCUACGCCUUCGCCGUCCAUGGCGGGCUGAGCGAGCUUCCGAGGUGGUUGUACGCAUUCAACGUCCAGACGACGGUGGUGGUGGCGUCCGGCGAGGGCGAAGGCUGGCGGCGGCGGAGCGACGGAAGUGUCGGCCACUGUGGUGAUGGAGAUCAAGAGCUGCCGAAGCUUGACCUGACGCUAAAGCUGUAAUCGUAGUACUGCCCGUGGAUCAAAUACUUAGAGUAUGUGUGUAAAUAGUUUUGUUGCAAAAAAGAUGCAUGCGAUGAGAAUAAGCGACACAUGGUAGAUAUAGUAAUUUUAGAACAUUUGAGAGGUCUUGUGAAUACACUGACAUUAUUGCGCGGAUAAAAACUACAAAUAUUAGCUUUGGAGUCGGUCCUCAUA